GGGCUCUCCAGUGUUGUGUUUCGAGUCGCGCCAAAACAGCUGUUCGGCAGUCGCUGGAUAAAAAUGAAUACAUUCAACUUUGAAAUCAAACUAAAACGCGAAAACAAAGUAUAUUAUGAGAAUGACAUGCUGCUGGGCUGCGUGCAGUUCCAGAGCAGCGCCGACACAAAACAUGAAGGAAUCCAGCUAUAUCUGGAGGGAAUCGUUAAUUUGCAGCUUAGCAGCAAGACCGUGGGAUUAUUCGACGCCUUCUACAACUCUGUGAAGCCCAUUAAUCUGCUGCAGAACAAUCUCGAGCUAUCUGCUCCCGGGAAGCUGAGCGCUGGCCGCUCCGAGUUUCACUUCGAGCUGCCUCUCGUCAGCCGAAAGGAGCCACUGUACGAGACAUAUCACGGAGUAUUUAUCAAUGUCAACUACCAACUGCAGUGCACCGUCAAGCGAAACUUUCUGGGCAAAUCCAUGACGAAAAUCCAACAGUUUUGUGUGCAGUACAAGCCAACGGGUCUCGGCGAAGACUCGCUGCGAUCCGUGCCCUUCAGCCUGAGUCCCGACUCGCUGCAGAAAAAUGCUACAGCCAAGGAGCGCCUAUCCAUGCCGCGUUUUCUCAUCACAGGUCGUCUGGAUCGCAGUGAAUCGUGUGUAACGAUGCCCAUAACCGGCAGCAUUAUGGUGCAGCAUACGGAGGCGGCCAUCAAAUCGAUUGACAUGCAACUGGUGCGCGUGGAGACAUGUGGCUGUGAAGAGGGUCACAGCAAGGAUGCCACCGAGAUCCAGACCAUACAAAUCGCUGAUGGCAACGUUCUGCCCAAGCUGGAACUUCCCAUUUAUAUGGUACUUCCGCGACUCUUCACCUGCCCCACGUUGCUCACAAAAAACUUUAAAAUUGAGUUUGAAUUGAAUCUGGUGGUUGUGUUCAAGGAGGAUUACACUGUUAGUGAAAACUUUAAAAUAGUUUUUAAACGCUCUGCAGGCCCAAUGCCCAGCAAAAUUACUACCGCAGGACGUUGAGCGAACAUGCUCAAAUAUUGGCAACUAUUAAUUGGCAGCUUACCAUAAAAUAUAAUCGAAAUAUAUUUAUAAUAAACCUUAUGAAUCUUGAA